AUGAAGUCAAGAUAUGGCGGCGUGAUAUUACUAUGCGCAUUGGCGCAACUCGCGCCGUUCGCUCAAGCUCUGAACAUCACAAGACAUACAUUCAACGACACACCUCUCGCUCCAAGCCCGCUCCCGCGUUCACAUGCGGAUAGCGACGGGAAUCAAAUCAUCGAAAAUUUCCAAAGACUUGGCCGAACGACGACAUGGAAAUUCAUCUCCAACAUCACAUUACAGGGCGACAGCUAUGAGCCCGAGGGCAUCGUACGACUCGGCGCCGAUCGCUACAUUGUCAGCUCGACUGAGUACGAGUCUAGGACAGGGUAUGGCCGAUUGACUGUCUUCAGUGGGAAUGGCAAUCGGAUUGCGGACGUCACGCUUUCGCAACCUGGAGAUCUCGAGUAUCACAAUGGCGGGAUCGACUACGACGGGAAGUACAUUUGGGCGACGAUUGCGCAGUACAGACCGAAUUCCAGCGCAAAGGUCAUGAGAGUCGAUCCCGAGACGCUGGGGUCAGAGACGGUUCUCAGGUAUAAUGAUCAUUUGGGAGGAAUCGUUCACGAUGUUCAGACGGAUCGACUGUACACAUUGAAUUGGGGCUCGAGGAAUGAGAGCAUUUUCGACCUACGGCGACGUCGAUUUCCUUUCUGGUGGUCAUUCGGACAGGACCGUAAUGUCUUCAGUGGAUUCCGGACGCCUAACGACAUCGUCAGGAACCCGAGUUACUUUGUCGAUUACCAGGAUUGCAAGUUCCUCGGACAUGCCCGGGUAUACAACGACAAGCCUGUCAUGCUUUGUUCCGGCGUUGCCAACAGGCUUGGUGGUUUGGCUAUCGUCGGAGUUGAAGAUAUGGUGGCCCUUGCGGAGAUUCCGGUGACCCUGACCGGUGCUUCGGGCGUCUUGCUCACGCAGAAUCCCAUGGAUGUCAGCGUCGAGGAUGGCAGACUACGGUUUUAUUUUGCACCCGAUUCGGGGUCAUCUGUAUUGUACGUAGUUGAGGCGCAGCCAUGA